UUUUUUUCUUUCUUAAGUAGUGUUUUUCUUCUUCCAAGUUCCAUAUAUCUUUUAUUAUUGCAUCUUCACAUAUAUAUAGCCAUUAUUAUUCUUCUCAAAUUUCCCUCCAAAAACAAGAACCCCCCUUAAUUGAGAAUUGAUGAAGGAACAAGGUGGUGGUGGAGGGAGGAAGCAGGGUGCAGCAUCACCAUGUGCAGCAUGCAAGCUUCUAAGGAGAAGGUGUGCACAAGAUUGUGUAUUUGCUCCCUAUUUCCCAGCUGAUGAACCCCACAAGUUUGCUAAUGUUCAUAGAGUCUUUGGUGCCAGCAAUGUCAACAAGAUGCUUCAGGACCUUCCAAUGCAUCAAAGAAGGGAUGCAGUGAGUAGCAUGGUGUAUGAGGCCAAUGCUAGAGUCCGAGACCCUGUUUAUGGUUGUGUAGGUGCAAUUUCUUCUCUUCAACAACAAAUUGAUGUGCUACAAGCCCAAUUGGCCAUAGCCCAAGCUGAGGUGGUCCACCUUAAGAUGCGCCAACCCAAUUACAUUUCUAAUGGAAUGGGCCCCAAUAGCCCAACCAAUAGUGGGUCCCCACCAUCCAAAGUUAUGGACUCACAGGCCAAGCCUAUUUUUGGCAUGGACAUGGUGGUGGACCAGACCAGCUAUGAUGAUUCAAUGUGGUCAUAAUUCUUGCUCAUUUAUGAUAUUGCAAUUACAUAUUAUAUAGUCUAUAGUUUAUAGUAUGGGAAGAAUCUCAAAUGUUAUUUGAAAAUUUUCUUAUGGUAUCUAUAUAGUUGAGGCAUUAGGAGGAGAAAGAAAAAGAAAAAAAAAAUUGGCUUUUUAUAUUUUUGUGGCGGUUAGGGUUAGUUGUGGCGGCUGCGACCGGGGUACUGCAGUUGUGGAGGAGCUGUGGCGGAGGCCGUUCGCCCGCUUGAAUUAGUUUGAUCCGGAGAAAUUAAAGUGGUUUCUUCAUUGGCCACAUUUUGUGUAAAUAUUAAUACUAUCACUUGACAUUAUAUGAAAGACAAAUUUAUGGUGUGAUUGUCUUGUUUGGAAUUGUUGAGUUGCUCCUUG